AUGAAAAUGUUAAAAAAAAAUAACAGGAAAGUAAAUGUUUGAAAAUUAUUAAAAAUAAAAGUGAAGACGAGUGAUGGAUUCGGAAUAUUUCGAUGAUUCCUGGAACGUUAAAGUGCAACAAUUUCGUAGAUUUAUUCGUACGUUGUUUAGAGAAACGAUUAGAAAAUGUCGUUCUAGAAGAAGAGGAUAUACUAGAUUUUUAACCGACGAUGAAAAAAGGUGGUUGGCCCGCAACGAAUAUGAUUUGUCCGCCAGGUUUGGAAUACCUUAUGGGCCUUGAUCAUUUGUUUGUCAAACAAAAGAUCGAACUUUUCGAAGUAAUUGUCGAUUUUGAAACUAAAAAUAAAUAUAAAGUAAUGAACAUAAGGGGUGAACAAAUUUAUUACGUAGCUGAAAAAUCAAGCUGUUGUUCGCGUUAUUGUUGUGGAACUUAUCGCAGUUGCGAAUUUCAAGUAAUGGAUGGUGUGGGAAGAGAAGUUCUUAAUAUGAUUCGUCCAUUGAAAUGUGAUAGUUGUUGCUGUCCAUGUUGCUUACAGGAAUUGGAAGUUUAUUCUGGUGGUGUUUUAAUGGGAUCGGUUGUUCAAGAUUGGUCUAUUUUUAGGCCAUGGUUUUCAGUACGCAAUGCAAAUGGCGAUACGGUACUAACAAUAAAAGGACCAUUAUUGCGUUGCCUAGAAGCUAAUUUUAAGGUAAAAUCUGCCGAUGGUGUUCAUCGAGUUGGUAUGAUAAGUAAACAAUGGAGCGGCAUUACUCGUGAAUUUUUUACCGAUACUGACAAUUUUGGUAUAAGUUUUCCUUUAGAUCUUGACGUUAAAAUUAAAGCCGUUCUUCUUGGUGCAUGCCUUUUGAUAGAUUUCAUGUAUUUCGAAACUUCUCCUACUUAAUGUGAUUCUUCUUUUGAAGACAGGGAGAGAAAUUCUACCGAGUUGCUUAUUAAAUUAUAAACUAGUAACAAAUAUUUAUAAAACUAAAAAGAACAAAAUGCGCUUUUUAUUAAAUGUCUUCGAUUAUUUAUACAAAUACUCUACUUUUUGAGAUAACUUAAUUUAAUAUACUCUCUAUCAAAUAUACAAAUAUAUAUAUGAUCACACCCUUUUUGAGAUACCUGUCAUA